CGUACGUUUUACAAUACGCUUUUUCUCGCCUCAGCCUUUAAUGCUCGUUGUACGAAGAAAGUUGAAGUGCCAUGACGCCGCGUCAACUUCCUCUCAUCAUCGCGUGCGUCCUCAUUCCGGCGUUGGGCCUGGACACUACGACGAUCAGCAUAUCCAAGACAAGUGGCCCAGUUAAUGUUGUGUCAAAAGUGUGCGAUGUUUGCGAGUGUACAGCUGAUAAAAUAGAUUGCUCAAACCGGAAUCUUGAUAAUAAUUUGAACGAUCAUGAAUGGCCAAAGCAGCCGAUAAAAGUGAUUACCUUCGAAAAUAACCGAAUUACACAUAUAAAUUCAUUUCCUAAUCUGACUGUUAAUAAGCUGAUUUUCUAUAACAAUAAAAUAAAAACAAUUGAUAAUAAGGCUUUUAAAAUGUUGAGUAAUUUAACAGAAUUAGAUCUGAGUGAAAAUUUAUUAACUCAUGAAAAUUUUAUGCCGGGCGCACUGGAGGGGCAGUUUCUACCUGAAGCAUAUGAACCUUUGGAUAAAUUGAAGCUAUUAAAUUUAUCUGGAAACAAAUUUAAUACAUUGAAUCACGAUCUUUUUGAACAUGUACAAUACUUAAAAACACUAAUUUUAUCAGAUAAUCCGUUUGUAGAGCUCGAUAAGUCAUCGAUUCUUGCAAUCAGUAGUAUUCCCUAUCUUGAGAAAUUGGAUUUGAGUCAUUGUCAAUUGAAAAAAUUAGAUAAAGUGUCAUUCCAAUCAUUGAGAUUUUUAAAAAAAUUAGAUCUCAGCUGGAAUGAAUUUUCAAAUUUACCCGAUGCACUGCAGGAAUCCAAAUCUGUAGAAAUUCUUAUUUUAGAUGGAAAUCCAAUUGAGUUUUUAAACGAUAAUAACGGAUUUCCACCAUUAUUAAAUGUACGGAUGUUAAGUAUGUGUAAGAUGCCAAAAUUAUUGCUAAUUGGCAAAGGUGCACUUUCAAGUUUAGAAGGUCUGGAAACUCUAAAGAUUGAAAAUUGUACAUUAUUAUCGGAAAUUAACGAUGAUGCUCUCGCCAAAGAGGGGAAAGGAGGUGGAGCGACGUGGCCACCAUUAAAGGUGCUCAAUAUAUCCAAUAAUGCACUUCAUUAUUUAUCAGCUACUUUAGUCGCUCGAUGGGACAAACUGCAAGAAUUGCAUAUUAUGAGCAACAAUUGGAACUGUGAUUGCGAUAAUCAAUAUCUCAUCGGCACCCUAUUGUCAAACCAUGGAAAGAGGUUGAUGGGAGAGGAAAUUGGUAAGCUCCGAUGUUCGGGGCCGCCUGAGCUUGCAGGUAGAAGCUUGGCUUCAUUAGGGAGUCGAAAACUUCGCUGCCUGGACGCGUAUGGGGCAAGACCCGAGCGCGACGCCGCUAUCCUCCUCGGCAUCCUCGUGGGUCUCCUUUUGGCCCUGCCCCUGCUCCUUCUCAUCUUCGUCCUUUGGAGACGAGGAUUUAUCUUUUGCGGUCCCCAAGGACCGGCCACUUUUUCGCGCGCCUUUUACAAACGCACUUCACCUUACGACAACGAGGAUACGUGAGCCCGAUUGCCUCAACUUCUCGUCCCAUCGAAAAUUUAUAUUUAAGAGUUUAGCGGUUAAAUAUUCAUUGUACGAGAUAAUUCGAUAGCUUUUAAGUGGUAGAUGACGUAGGUAUUGAUAAUUAGUUAAACUGAAAUUGCCUCGAUAUUGCGAUAUUCCAAAAGUCUGUUCGGAAAUGCAUUUUAAUUCUCCAUCAUCAAUUUCAUAAUUUUAUAAAUUCAUUUGAUAUUUAAAUGUACAAGAAUUGUCUAUAAUUGCCGAAGUCCAACUAAUUUGUUUCAAUGCCAUUUUUAAUAUUUUACAUUUCAUUAU